UCCCCUCCACAUAACCAACGCCCCGUCUCUCUCUCUCUCUCUCUAUCUUUCUCUCUCUCUCUCACGCGCCCUCUCUCUCCAAAUCUCUUUUUACCCGGAUCGAUCUUUCCCUCGCCCAUCGAUUUUAAAUGGAUAUUUCUCUAUAAAGGGAGUCGGCUUUGGUGGUAGACGGAAGCAGCAGCAGUGGAAUCGGCUGACGUUGUCUUGGUCCGUAAUGGAUCGACCGAUGGGGAUGACUUCCGACGAUCGGAGGAUUCACUGGAAGAAUUACAAAAGCCUCUUUCUUUUAGCAUAUCAAAGUUUUGGUGUGGUGUAUGGUGACUUGAGUACAUCUCCUCUUUACGUGUACAGAAGUGCAUUUUCUGGAAAGCUAAGCCAUUAUCAAGAUGAAGAAACAAUAUUUGGUGUAUGUUCCUUGAUCUUGUGGACAUUCACUCUAAUCCCAUUGCUUAAGUAUGUUAUCAUUGUCUUGAGUGCUAAUGAUAAUGGUGAAGGAGGACCAUUUGCUCUGUACUCUCUCCUCUGCAGACAUGCAAAGUUUAGUUUGCUUCCUAAUCAGCAAGCAGCUGAUGAGGAGCUUUCUACAUACUAUAGGCAUGGGCACAUGCCUGGCAAUGUGAUUAACUCUCCAUUAAAAAGGUUUCUAGAGAAGCAUAAAAGGCUGAGAACUUGCUUGCUUCUUGUAGUUUUAUUUGCUGCUUCCAUGGUGAUAGGUGAUGGCAUCCUUACACCAGCAAUUUCUGUACUAUCAUCCAUUUCCGGGUUGCAAGUUCGUGCAGAGAAAUUAAGUAAUGCUGAGGUGGUAAUUAUUGCCUGCAUUGUGCUGGUUGGCCUCUUUGCUCUACAGCACAGGGGUACUCAGAGGGUAGCUUUUCUGUUUGCACCCAUUGUUAUCAUUUGGCUCUUAUGCAUUGGCGUAAUUGGUCUAUACAAUAUCAUUCACUGGAACCCCACAAUUUAUCGUGCUCUGUCUCCAUACUAUAUCAUUAAGUUCUUCAGAAGGACAGAAAAAGAUGGUUGGCUUUCUCUAGGGGGAGUACUCCUCUGUAUUACAGGUACUGAGGCUAUGUUUGCAGAUCUUGGCCACUUCACUGAUUCAUCCAUUAAGGUUGCAUUUGUUUCUGUAAUUUACCCAUGUCUGGUACUGCAAUAUAUGGGGCAGGCAGCAUUUCUUUCCAAAAAUUUUUCUGUUGUACCUAUAAGCUUCUAUAAAUCCAUUCCAGAACCUGUCUUUUGGCCAGUUUUUGUGCUAGCCACUCUUGCUGCUAUAGUCGCUAGCCAAGCCAUCAUCUCAGGAACAUUUUCAAUUAUCAAGCAAUGUCAUGCUUUGGGUUGUUUUCCACGCAUCAAAAUUGUCCACACAUCAAGGUGGAUCUAUGGACAGAUAUACAUACCUGAAAUAAACUGGAUCCUUAUGGUCCUUUGUCUGGCCGUCACUAUUGGCUUCCAUGACACAACCUUAAUUGGAAAUGCUUAUGGAAUUGCAUGCGUAAUUGUGAUGUUCGUGACUACAUGGUUGAUGGCGCUGGUCAUCAUUUUUGUAUGGCAAAAGCAUGUCUUGCUUGCUUUGUUGUUCCUCAUAUCUUUUGGAUCUAUUGAGGCUGUCUAUUUUUCUUCUUCAGUUAUGAAAGUUCCCCAGGGAGGAUGGGCACCUCUUGUGCUCUCCUUUGUUAUUAUGGUCAUCAUGUACGUUUGGCACUAUGGCACUAGAAGGAAAUAUCAAUUUGACCUACAAAACAAAGUCUCUAUGAAAUGGAUUCUCACUCUUGGCCCCAGCCUUGGAAUUGUUCGUGUACCAGGAAUUGGACUCAUUUACACAGAACUGGUAACAGGAGUGCCUGCUAUCUUCUCUCACUUUAUCACCAACCUUCCUGCUUUCCAUCAAGUUCUAGUCUUUGUUUGCAUGAAGUCAGUGCAAGUUCCAUAUGUUCCCAUGGAUGAACGGUGUCUCAUAGGUCGGAUUGGUCCUAGAGCCUACCGUAUGUACAGGUGCAUUGUGAGAUAUGGGUAUAAGGAUGUGCGGAAGGAUGAUGACAACUUUGAGAACCAAUUGGUGAUGAGCAUUGCCAAGUUCAUUCAGAUGGAAGCUGAGGAAACAUCCUCAGGCAGUUAUGACAUAUCUCCUGAAGGAAGGAUGGCUGUAAUACAAACAUCUGAAAUGUCUGUCUCAGGGCUGAUAAUGAAGGAGGCUGAUGAGAAUACAGGUGACUCUACCAUUGUGAGGAGCAGCAAAUCAGAAACACUCCGAAGCUUGCAAUCACUAUAUGAGCAAGAAUCACCGAGUGUGAGCCAAAGAAUGCAGGUUCGAUUUGAGCUGCUAGAAGCAGAGUAUAUGGACCCACAGGUUAGAGAAGAGCUAAUGGCUCUUGUCGAAGCAAAAAGAGCAGGAGUUGCAUAUAUCAUGGGCCACUCUUAUAUAAAGGCCAGGAGAUCUUCAUCAUUUUUAAAGAAAUUUGUCAUCAAUGUUGCCUACUCCUUCCUCCGAAAGAAUUGCAGGGGCCCAGCAGUAGCCUUAAACAUCCCCCACAUCAGCCUCAUUGAAGUGGGUAUGAUCUACUAUGUUUAGUUGGGUGCUCCUUUUAUCAGGAUCUUUUGGGCAGCAGCAGAGGAAGUGCAAACAGGAGAUUGUUGACUGCUCUAGUAUGUGAGUUGUGAAGGUUGAGUCUGUGCUCUGGUGACUUGGACUUUGAACAAGACAAAAUGCUUAUCGUGCUUGACAUAGAGCACUGCUGCUAAUCACAAACCGGUAGUUAUCAUGUCAAUAUAUGAUGCAGCGCUUGAAAAUGUGUUCAAUUGAGGAGCUGAGCGGAUAAGCCAUGACAAAUGGGCUCAUAGGUCAUAGUUUAUGUCCUGCUUUCAUGGCAUAUCAGAUCACUACGUAUUAAAGAUAAGACAAGUAGAAAUUAAGAUGCAAUGUAAAUCUCAUGUUUGUAAAUUGAAGACCUCUCUUUCCCUGCAAGUAUGAGGAUUUGAGUCCUAAAAGUAGCUGUUUUUUUCCAUGUCAUUUUUGAAAGAAGCUAAAACUAUUCAGGUGUA